CCAAUCAGGACGAAGACCUCCAGCGCCAAAGUCAAAUCAGUUUGAACGUUCAGUGUUUGAAAGCAGCGGCGUGAGAGGAGACCUGAGAGUGUCUUCAAAAUAAUCUUAAAAAGUUACAUUAAUUUGGUUCUUGUACAGUUCUUGGGACGAUCAUUAACGACUAAUAUAUUUACGAAUCUUCAAGAGUCAAGGUGAUUAUUUAACCCCAUCAGACGAGGAGUGAGCAAGUGAGAGCCUGCAAAAUGGACAUGGUGGUAAAAAAGAGUAAUAAGGAAAACUCCAAGCCGGAGGUCGGUCCGAAAAAAAACGAGUCCAGAAAUUUCAUAUCGAAGCAGAAGCUGACGAGACCUGUGCCGCUACGGUCAAAAAACGAGCUGAGGGAGGAAAACGGAGGAGACAAGUCUGAGUCUAAAGCGCAGGUGAAACCAUCAAAACCAGCCAAGAGCAACAAUUCGGAUCCCAUGCAACGGAAAACUCUGAGUCAGGCCUUCCGUACUGAACAAACCCUGAGACACAGAAAACUGGUGCUGGAAACCCAAAAGCCUCCGUCAUCUGUCCCUCCUAAACCCCUCCUGCCCGGCACCUACAAGGGCAGAGUGGUACAGUCCAAAAUAGACUGCUUCAGGAAGCCGCCGAGUGGCCAUGAGAAGAACCCGAGCGAGAACAAGACCAAAGUCGAGACGGUGGUUCGGUCCAAAUCUGCCACGACACUGUCUAUGUCCUCGAGAGCAGGAGUGCAGUCAGGUGUGGCAAGCAGGAUGAAGUCAGGGUCGGACGCAGGGGUUAACAUGCAGAAGACGGUUCCUCAAAGACGGAUACAGAUGAAAGCUCCAGCUCGGACAGCUACGGUCUCCGCCAAACCAUCUACGGUCUCCGCCAAACCAUCUACGGUCUCCGCCAAACCAUCUACGGUCUCCGCCAAACCAUCUACCCUCUCCUCCAAACCAUCUACCCUCUCCUCCAAACCAUCUACCCUCUCCUCCAAACCAUCUACCCUCUCCUCCAAACCAUCUACCCUCUCCUCCAAACCAUCUACGAUUUCUAGGAAACCAGUUACAAUGUCAGCAAGACCACCAACAGUGACAUCAUUCAUCAAGAAGAAGGAACCGUCCAAGCCUGCUGCAGCUGCCAGCGAGCAAAAACCACAAAAGUCCGCCUCAAGCUCCAUCAGCCAUUACAGAGUCCAUGUAGAAUCCGCCGAGGAGAGAAGGGUGAAGUUGGCUGGAUGGUUGGCGUCGAAGGGGAAAACUCUGAAAAGGCCGGCGAUGACUGAGACAUCUGUGCCUCAGACAUGUAAACCUCAACUCCACACUGAAGAGGGAGACGGAGCUCCGCCCGAGGCGAGUAAACGAGCCGAAGCAGUGACUGUCAGUAAAGCGGAACAGAGCCAGGUUCCUCAGUGGAAACCUGCGUUCUCCAACAGCCCGAGUCACAUCCUGAACACCACGCUGGACCUGCUGGACAACUCUGACACGGAGCUGCAAGCAGAGCCCGAGAUCAAGAUGGAAUCGUUGGUGAUAAACCUGUGUGAGCGAUUAGAGGCAAUGGAAACUCCAUCCUCAUGUAGGAGCGACACGAAGGCAGGAGGAAGCUCUGAUGCCGAGGUGAACGUAGGAGAAACAGUUGAAUAUGAGAUUCUGGAGGAGGAAGAACUGAGCGAGGAAGAACCGACGCACACCGCUGGAGUGGAGGAGGACGAUGGAGAGGAAAAGAAAACUUCCAACAUUAAGGAGGAGGAAGAGAAGAAACUGUAUGAGGGUGAGGAAAAGAAGAAACCGUAUGAAGGUGAGGAAGAGGAGGAGGAAGAGAAGAAACCGUAUGAAGGAGAUGAAGAGGAGGAGGAAGAGAAGAUGGACUCCACACCUGCAGAUAUUCUGGAUGCGUGUGUUGUGAAGUACAGUGUAAAAACUACACCGUUUCUUCAAAGUGUAAAGAAGAGGAUGGAGGGUGAAAUGGCUCCAGCUACUCCAGGCUCUCGAUGUAAAAGUUCCAUUAAAGAGUUGAAGUUUCUGACGCCGGUGCGCCGCUCGUCUCGGAUCCACAGGAACUCGUCCCGCCUACCAGACAUGCUGAAUGAACACGACCCCUGCGUGUCCUCCCUGGCCGAGCUCGAGCUGCUGGACGCCGCCGACUCCAACGCUUACAUCUACAGGAAGAACCCUGCACUGCUGCAGCACCUCCCUGAUCAACGUCCUGAGCCCCAGAGCCCUGACCGCACCUGCAAAUAAUAAUCAGGACAAGAAGCACACAGACUUUAACUACACUAUCAUGCAAAUACUGAAUGUUAACCUGUGGCAGAAAAGAUAGUGGGUUGAUUUGAAUAUAUAAAUAUGCAAAUUUCUAUUUGCUCAUGUACUCCUAACAGAAAAGCUGAUGUUUAGAGUUGAUUCAAUAUGAAAGGAUGAACAUUAAAGCUACACUAAAGGGUUUUGUAUGUUUUUACUAACUGAACAUGUAAUUUAAGGUUUAUUUUAGGCAACAAUGCUGAACAACAUUAAUAACUAAAAACAGACCGAAGUGGUUUAAGUUUGUAAUGUAAAAAAAGUUUUGAAUACACAAGCAGGUUUUACUUUACACUAAGGAGCCUCGAACCGAAAGGAAGGGUAGAAAUGUUGGAAUGUUCAUGUAUUGAAAAUAUUGUGUUUAUAGAUACUUUGAGCGAAGAAAGGUUUUGGUUCUGCAAACGCUGAUGCAGGAAAAAGAGGUUUUUAACUGCUAUUAUUUGAAAGUUUUAUUCUACUAAAGCCUUAUGACAUUACAAGCUAUUUUAACAGUAUCUGUGAUUGACAGGUGGGUAACCUAGCAACACAAGCUGCUAUAUGGUCUAACUGUCGAAGGAAAUGUGUUAACACUUUAAGUUGUCGGUACUUUUAUCCUGCAUCAUAGGCUUACUGCAGUUGUCUUUAAUACUGUAAAUGUGCUUCAAUAUAUAUAUAUAUAUAUCUCUAU